AUGCCAUCAUUUAUUCACCUGACCUUCCUCUUCUUCGCCACACUCAACUACGUGAUGGGCGGAUAUAUCCAUAUGGUCAUCGAUUCCGAGAGAGACCAAGCAUCUGCGCUUGACAAAUUUGUCGAAGAACAUCAAGACACAUAUGAUUUCAUCGCUAGAUCGGUAGAUGGUCGAAUCAUCAUUCAAAUCAGGCACGAGGACGACACAGUAGAGAUCGAAGGUUAUUUUACAGAAACUCAAGCAUUGUUAAAUGAUUUAGACAUCGCUCAACAAUCCAUCUUAGCUGCGUCCCUAGCAGUUCAUGAAGGAGCUGGUGGUACGACCUUGCAAUCCUUGAAGGAUUAUCGAUAUGGUGAUCCCCAAUCCGAAGCUGAAAAUGAGAAAAGACAAUUAAGUUGUUGGAUGGGAAUAGACGAUAAACGUAAACGAGACGGCUACCUCAUUUCCGAUCUUGAAGAACGACGAUCCAGUUGUGGACAAUUCUGUUCGACCAGAUUCGAUUGUUGGGUAAUAGGUUGUCAAAGAUGUUAUCAUACGGGCGGGGCUUGUAGAUGGCAGAAAUCCUGUCAAAGAUCACCGUUUUCGGAUGUUGCGGAUAUCAUUUCCCAUGAUAUCUUGUAA